AUAUAGAGUGUCAAACUCUCUAACAAGCUUCUCUAGCUGUUUUGAUCAGUUUUUGGUUCUCAGUUCUCACUCACUGGUGUCUGGAGACCUCAGCGAACGAAGAUGACGAGAUCGAGGUUGCUGUUAUGGAUCCUUGUCCUCUUUGGAACCCUAACUCUUAUUCUGGCGAAGAAAUCCAAGGAAGAUUUGAAAGAGAUAACCCAUAAAGUGUACUUUGAUGUUGAGAUUGCUGGAAAACCUGCUGGUCGAAUCGUCAUGGGUCUGUUUGGGAAGGCUGUUCCUAAAACUGCAGAAAAUUUCCGAGCGUUGUGCACAGGGGAAAAAGGUGUUGGGAAGAGUGGGAAACCACUUCAUUACAAGGGGAGUGCAUUCCACAGAAUUAUUCCCAGCUUUAUGCUCCAAGGAGGUGACUUUACUCAUGGUGAUGGAAGAGGUGGAGAAUCAAUUUAUGGGGAUAAGUUUGCUGAUGAGAAUUUCAAGCUGAAGCAUACUGGACCUGGGCUUUUAUCGAUGGCAAAUGCUGGACCUGACACAAAUGGUUCACAGUUUUUCAUCACAACUGUCACUACCAGCUGGUUGGAUGGCAGACAUGUUGUAUUUGGAAAGGUGCUUUCUGGAAUGGAUGUGGUUUAUAAGAUUGAAGCUGAAGGCAGGCAGAAUGGCACACCUAAGAGCAAGGUUGUGAUAGCAGAUAGUGGCGAAAUCCCACUAUAAUUUGCUUCUUAACUUGGCAAAUGUGACUUUUUAAAUUUCCCUUUAGCUUCUCUAUAACACUUCUUAAUGUGAUGCACCAUGACCUUUUAAUUUAAAGCGGCUUUUAAUUA